UUCAGAAUAGAAACACUGUUGUGUUGGGGUUUUUUUCCUUCUCUGUAGAGUAAAGAUAAAAUCUCCCCAUUUACCAAAACGCCGAAGCUGGAUCGGAGUGAGAUUAUGGGGAAGCCGAAGUCUUCCAUGAAACGCAAAAUCUCCUUCGGUGUCAGUCCGUCCUGUAACGAAGAACGGGACUCAGACACAGAUGAAGAUGGUCCUGAUAAGAAGAGGGUAAAAAAGGAGUCUGGGGGUAAGAAGUCCACCCCUGUGAAUAUUUUGUUCAGUUACCCACUGUCUGAACGCUUGCAGAUGGCCCUGGUGAUGCAGAUGACAGCAAGAGACCACAGUCCAGACACAACGCCAAGCCAACCCUCCCAAACUCCAGCAGUGCAGAAAAAGACGCCAAAUAGCUCCACUUCGCGUCAGAAAGAGAAGGUGAACAAGAUGAAUGCGCACGGACAAACACCGCUGCACAUGGCUGCCUUCAGAGGGGAUGUCAAACAAGUCAAAGAGUUGAUUGGACUAGGGGCAGAUGUAAAUGUGAAGGAUUUUGCAGGCUGGACACCUCUACAUGAAGCCUGCAACCUUGGUUACUAUGAUGCAGCAAAGGUUCUUAUUGGUGCAGGAGCUGAGGUGAACACACAGGGAUUGGACGAUGAUACCCCUCUUCAUGAUGCCUCCAGCAAUGGCCACAAAGAUAUUGUGAAGUUACUCUUGCAGUAUGGAGGAAAUGCUUUCCAGGCAAACAAGAGAGGUGAGCAGCCGGUGGACGUUGCUGAUUCUCAGGAGGUUGAGCAGUUACUGAAGGGGGAGAUCUCAUUGUCUGACCCAGAUGAUAGCUCUUCAAAUCUACACUACAUUGCCAAAGACUCUGAGGACCCUCCAUCAGUCAACCCCUCCAGUGUAGAUGAGAAUAUGGAGUACUCAGACACCGAGAAGGACUCUGAUGGCAAAUCGACCACAGCAAAGGCCACAUCUUCAGUGUCUGGUGUGGAUGAGUAUGAGUUCAAGGACGAGGAAGAGGAGCAAGACCUGAGCAAGGCCCUAAAUGACAGACACAUCCUGAGACGAGAAGCGCGUCAGAAAGAGAAGGAGGAAAAUGAACAAAACCAUUACACACCCAAACAGUCCAACAAGAGUGAUCAGUCGACGUCAUCCUGCAAAUUAAAAAAGCCAAAGUCAUCCCGAGUCCUCUACUGCAGUUCAGAUAGCUCCGACGAUGAAAUGGAGGCUCCAUCAGAACGAAAGUGUUCACCGACCAGGUCACUCUGCAACGAUACUCACAAAACAGAACGCAGAACAAAAAGAGAAAGCUUAACCCUAACGACAUCAGAAAAAGGUAAAGCGAACAAGAAGAAGAACAAGAGCCAAAGCAAAAACAAGGAAAAUCAAGAGGUUCAAGAGGACGGAAAAGAAAACAGCAAGUCUCUUCUUUUUUCUACAGCGACAGUGUCUGACAACUCUGAUAAAAGUGUUCUAGAGGAAAACUCUUUCAAAAUGUCCUUCAACCCAAAGGAUGAUUCGUCAGUGCACCUCUUUCACUUGUCGGCUGUGAAAUCCUCAAAGAUCAAUUACAGCCAAACUGACAAGCAGGUGACUCCAUUAAAACAGGAAAAUGCUAAGACUUUUGUCUCCAUUGGAGAUGGAUCCUGCCCUAUGGAUAGUGUCAAGUAUAACCACUACACAGAUUCAAACUACAUAGAAGGGUCCAGCAGUAAGAGCUGUAAGCACAAGGACAAAAGCAAACAUCACUAUAAGGAACACAGCUUCGAAGGAGAUGACCGAAGCUCCAGACCUUUUAAAGAUGCCAGUUUAAGCAACAGUAUGGAUGGCUCUGAAGGAGCCUUCAGGAAGGCUGACAAAGAUGGUAAGGUUGUCAAGAAGCAUAAGCUAAAACACAAGGAGAAGGACAAGUGCAGGAAAGACUACGAGUCUGAGAGGAAUCGGCAUCGCCAGAAAGAACUACAGAAAGAUGGAUAUAGGAACAUGGAGUUUGCCCGAGAAUUUUGGAAGGAGAAUUUCUUCAAAAGUGAUGAGAAUGAAGAACUUAAAGGGAAAUGUGAGACACCAGACAGUUGCUCUCCUCAGAAGUCCCUUGACUCAUCACCAGUUAAAGAAGAAAAGGCAACUUUAAAAGACAAACACUCGAUCUGCAACAGCACUAAGGAGAGAAAACAAAAAGACGAGCGAGAGAAAGACAAACUCAUAAAAAAAGAGAAGAAAGAGGUGGCAUAUAAAGAUGAUCGAGGAGGAAAGGACGGGAAAGGGGCUGAAAAUGAUGACCGGUCAGAAAGUCUUAACUUGUUACGAAAGCCUGAAGACUCUCUUCCAAGUCCUUGUGUUAAAGAGGAGGUAGAAGACAGGCCUCUCACUGGAAACUUGGUAGAUCACAAUCAGCUAGAGACCACAGAGAAGAGCUCUAGAGAGAGAAAUGAUAAACGGCUACCCACGAAGGACCGAGAAUCUGAAAAAGGUGAGAAAAAACAGGCAGAAAAGGAUAAGAAGAUCAAACUGGAACAUUUAUUAGCUAAAUUGGACCUCCACAACUCCACAGAUCAAUGGAAAGAGAGGGACAGAUUAACAACCACGUCUAACUUGUCUAGUGAGAAGAGCCACAAGGAAACUGAAAAACAUAAACCUGUGCCUAUUAUGAAAAAGCAUGAAGAAAACAAAAAAAGCAAGGACAAGCUUGACAGAAGAAGUGAGAAAGAACAGCAAGAGAAAGAGAAUUCCUCAAGUGAUCACAGGGACAAAGAUAAAAUGAGUUCUGAAAAGAAAUCAAAGGCUCUUGAGAAGAACAGUGAUCAUAAUAAAAUUGACCGAAUUAAAGAAAAGGAAAGAGAAAAAGACAAAGACUCUGACAAGAAGAAAAAAGAAAAAUCAAAAGAAGCCACUCUUCCCUCCUUUAUUUGUAAUCUCAAAUUUCUUUUGGAAGAGAAGAAGGGGUACAUACCCGAGAGCAAUAAAACUGUAACUUCAAAAUUAAAAGAAGAGGUCGUGAAAACCCCUGAGAAAGACUGGGACAGACGAGAGAGGGAUAGAGAUUUGGAAAGGCAUCGGGACUGGGACCGAGAGCGGUACAAGGAAAAGGACAAGGAUAAAGAGAGGUCACAGCAGAGUAGGGACAGCAAACUCAGUAAAGCAAGGCCUGUUGAGUCAGAGUCGGACAGAUCCAAAUCCAAAGCCUCCCCUGCACAAAAGGAAACCCGUCCCAAAGAGAAAAUACUGGGUAAUGAUGACCUCAUGCAGAACAGCUUUGAACGAAUGCUUAGCCUGAUGGAUCAGGAGAUUGAGCAGUGGCGCAAGAAACACUUGGAAAAGAUCAAGCAAAAAGCGAUGGAAAGGCUGAAACAACGACCAGGAGCCGACUCUGGGAAGCAGAAGAACAAAGAUAAAGCAAGAAUUUCCAUUUCUAGUGAACCAAACAAAGAACUCUUGCACUCCAAGGGCUCAGAAACCCCAGAGGUUUCCAGUCGUGAGAAAAUCUUAAAGGAUGCAACCAGUAGAUGGACGCUCUCACUAGAUGCGAAGACUCUCUCGUGUUUUGGAAAGACUGGGCCUAUACCUGAAGUGGAACAUUCUGUCGGUGUUGAGGAUGCAAGUGGCGGUUCAAGCAGUCAGUUUGCAUGUGUAUCUACCUCUCGAGAUACUUCAGUGAAAGAUUUUGCAGAUCAACAAUCUAGCCUUUCAAAAGCCAGCAGUUUGUUGCCAACUACAGUAGAGGUCAGCAAGCUAAACACGGAUACUUCACCAGAGCAAAGUGGACAAAAUCAACUUGACAGCUCUGACACAGAAAUGACAGACGGCUCAAACGAAAAUUCCUUGUUAGCACCUGUGUCCCAGGUUGCAUCAGCUGCAUCCUCACAGUCAGAUCAAAGCUUCUCCACCAAAACACCUACACAUUCAAUUAGCCUGAAGUGGCAUUCUGUCGCAGAACCCAAUAAUAACCACCCAGCAAGGACAGCUGUUGAUUUGGGACUAGAGCAAAGAGUGAGAAAUCUAUCAAUGGGUCCUGAAAAUAUAAUGGAGGACAGAUGCAUGGGGAACAUUUCUGGUAGGAGCAGAAUGGAUUGGACAACUAUCCAAGCUCCAUCCAUAAGCUCUUGUAGGAUCAGUUCUGAGGAGUCUACUAAAACACUUCCAUGUACAGCCAGUGUGGUCAGAGAUUCUCAGCAGGUUACAGAAAAGAUUUCGCAAGAUGACUGCAAGUCAAGUCUCUCCAAUGAGAAUGCAAGUGCAGCUGAUGGACAGCUGGAGAAAAACGAGCAUAGUUUGCCUGUCCCUUCAGUUUCAAAUGUUCCUCAUUGUGCUAGUCCUGAACAGACAGCUGAAGAGUCAAUGGAAGUAUCCGGGGAAGAUCCAGACAAUAGCCAGGUCGUUUCCGAGACGCAAGUAGAGAAAGCGGUGACUACAGAGGAUGCUGCUCAAACCCAACUUCCCUCGGAUGGUACAGCAGAUGUGGAGAUGCCAGACCAGCUUGCUGUUGAAUAUCAAACAGCAAAACCAGGUACUCCAUCAGAUGGAGAUCAGAGUCUGGGCUGCACUAGGGUUCAGCUCGAUUGUCAUUCAGAAAUAACCAGUGGAGCAACAUCUGGAAGCUCUUCUCCAUUGUCAGUGGCAGACAGUGAUUCGACUGGAGCCAGGACAAAAGUGAAACCUCUAGAUGACGAGGUUGACCUCCAGGUCGCUCAUCCAAGGAAACGAAAGAUGCCCAGAAUUUCUCCUUCACCCCAAGCCAGCCUUUCAGCCCAGCAGAUCAAGGAAAAGACCCAGCAGUCUUUGGCAGCAAUCGUGGACUCGCUAAGGCUUGAGGAAAUUCAGCCCUACCAGACAGAAAGAGCUAAUCCUUAUUAUGAGUUCCUGCACAUACGCAGAAAGCUUGAGGAGAAGAGGAAGGUGCUAUGUAGCGUCAUUCCUCAAGCACCACAAUACUAUGAUGAGUAUGUUACAUUCAAUGGGUCCUACUUGCUUGAUGGGAAUCCGUUGAGCAAGCUCUGUAUUCCAAUGAUAACACCACCACCCUCACUACCUGACCCACUAAAAGAGAUGUUCAAGCAGCAGGAGAUUGUGCGCAUGAAGCUCCGCUUGCAGCACAGCAUUGAAAGGGAGAAGUUGAUUGUCUCCAAAGAGCAAGAAGUCCUGCGUGUCCAUUAUCGUGCUGCAAGAACGUUAGCCAAACAGACACUACCCUUCAGUGCUUGCACGGUCUUGUUGGACGCAGAAGUAUACAACAUGCCCCAGGAUGUACAGGCACAUGAUGGGAAAACCUCAGUGAGAGAUCGGUUUAACGCAAGACAGUUCAUGUCUUGGCUUCAGGAUGUCGAUGACAAAUUUGAGAAGAUAAAGACAUGUCUCUUGAUGAGGCAGCAGCAUGAGGCAGCAGCUCUUAAUGCCAUUCAACGAUUAGAGUGGCAGCUGAAGCUACAGGAGCUGGACCCUGCCACUUACAAAUCAACCAGCAUUGUCGAAAUCCCAGAGUUUCAAAUCCCACUUGUCGAGGUCAACGAUGACUUUGACCUCACCCCGACAUAACAGCAGUGAGUCGGUGCUCGGAUUGUAAAGAACUGACGAGGCUCGUCUCUCCAGGACUUGAGAGGAGUAGAGAAACACAAAGCACUUGUUUUGGGCGAGCUGCAGUGUGCACCUGUGUGUCGUGCAGUCUUGCACCAUAUGAUCAGACACUCCAGAGAAAUAAUAAUAAUAAUAAUAAUAAAAACAGUCCUCCAUCUCUCGCAGUAUUUGUGUUGUAAAGUCAUUUCGAUAGGAGUGUCUGCCAAAAGACUAAACGCAUUGUGUCCCUGAAGGUCCAAUUACUUUUCUCUGUAUCAGCUCUUGUUUGAAGACACUUACCUACCCCAGCUGCAGAGCUGCAUAUAGGAGAUCCAACCAGCAGAGGGCGAUGCCUACCCUCAGUGAUCAGAGGGAGAACAUGAGAGAGGGGAAAAGUUAGAAGUUAAACACUUUACCUCUCCUGUGAUAGGACAGAGAGGUCUCGUUCCAAGUCGUUUCAGAAAGUGAGUGUUCAUGAUGUAUAGAAUGUGCUCUUCAUUCUUUUUUUUCUUUUUUCUUUUUUUUAAACUUAUUUUAUACAUACUGAUUGUUCAUUUGUGAAUAGCCAUGUAAUUAUUAUUUUUAACUUGUAAAAAAAAAGAAGAAGAAGAAAAUAACAGGAAGGAAGUUAAUAGAUAUUUUGAUUGUAAACUUUUCGUCGAAUGUUUAAUGGAGCAAAGUUGGUUUUAUAUUGAGCGUCCUGUCUUGUUGAUGUUGGCUUAACUCUUUAAUCAUGUGUUUUUGAAUUAUGUUUGUUACGUUUCUUCUGCUACACGUUUCCUCCUAGAUUCAUCACAGCAGGUGUUUUUUGACAUAUGAUUUCUAUGCUGUGCAUGCGUUGCAGGUUUGUAAUUCUUUUUUUAAUCUUUUUUUUUCUCCUUUUUUUCCCCCCCCGAAAAGAUGUGCUGUGAUGAGGUUUAUGUAAGUGGUCCUGCUUUUUCCUGCCUUUUUGUCGUCGUCUUGGUAACACUCACUUCCUCCCCGUUGUCUCUCGCACACAUUGAGAGAAAACAGCAUUGAUGUGUGUUCUUGUUAGAAAAAGGAAACAUACUUUUACACUUUUAAUGUGAGAUCACAACAAAACCUAUUUUUUACAACACGCCUUUUGAACGAUGGUUCUAAAAAUAUGUCUAUUUUAAUAUUUACUUGUUACAGGAUAAUGUACAUAAUUGUAAUAUAUACCUGAAUAAAUUUUAUUGGUUGUGAA